UUUCCACAUUGUAUCCUAUGUUUAUUUACGUUUUUAAAUAAAAAAUAAUAUAUAAAAAAUGUGCCUUCAGUUAAAACUAUUGGACAGAUUUAAAUUAUCGAAUCAUUUAGGAGUAAAUUUUGCUUGUGAAUAUUCAGACGAUAAUAGAUUUUUUAUUAUAAAUGAUACCACUCUCUAUAUAUUUUCAUUUAAUGGUUCAGUAACAAAUGAAUUACUGAAUUUUAUGUGUAGAAAGUAUAUUUUAGUAGUCUCCGACUUUAGCCCUUGUCGUUGUAUUGAUAUAGAUAUAAACACUUUUUAUUUUAAUUUACCAAAAGAAGACAUAUAUGAAAUUGUAAUGAAAAUAGAAUACUCUAGCAAUUUAAAAAAUACAAAACCCUUAGACCCAGUUCCUCUUUGCGCGAAAUGGUCUCCUAAAGGUUUAGCGGACAACAGUGGUUGUUUUUUAGGAGUUUAACUAAUUUGUACAGUUUAGAAGUAUAUAUGAAAUAUCUCAACAAUUUGGAAGAGGUUAAAUACUGUAUUAUAUCAAACAUUACAGAAUCAAUCAUCGUAACUGAAAAAGUUAAAUGGAGUGAUGCUAAUAGGUUUGCAAAUAAUAUAAAAUUGGAGGAAUACAAAAGAAGAAUAGGUGCUGUUACACCUUCAGCAUUUACUUGGAGCCAUCUUAUUAAUGUUGGAGACAUUAAUAAGUGUGUUAUAUUCGUUGGACAUCUUAAUGGAGACAUAACAGCAUGGAGGUUGAAAUCCAGGAGAUAUGAUGAUGGCAAACAAACCAGUCCUGAGUUUUUAGGGAGAUACAGAACAGCACUGUCAAGAAUUACAUGUAUGCAGUGGCACAAGACCAGCAAAAAUGGAGGGGGAUUAUUCUACUCAGACAUAGAAGGACAAAUGAAUGUUGUAUAUGUUACAUAUUUAAACACAUCAGAAGCCGUUUUUGUCAAAGACUGUUCAUUUUUGACAGAAAAGAAUAAAGUGAAAGUUGAAAAAAUAAGUGUUUUUGAAUAUAAUGAGGAGACAUUUAUAUUGGUUGCUAAGCAAAGAGUGCUAAUUAUUUUUGGAAUUAAUAAAAUGGGAGAGGUUUUUGACUGCUGUGUUGUAUACAUUCAGAACUAUUACAUAACAGGCCUACACUACAUAGAAAAUAAAGUAUAUGUAUUGUCCCUCCCGGGAAUUUUAACAGAAUUAACUGUCGAUGUUCAAGGGACAACAAGAUAUCCACCACAAAAAACGUUGUAUCAUUAAAGAAUGACAUGGAAAAAUAUCGAACCCAUGGAUUUUUCUUCACAAAAACAAAUAUCAUGUUAGUUAUCAUCGCAUAUCCAUGGGAUCUGCAAAGUUUUUCCAAAUCGGGUCUUAUGUAAAUGUGUUUGUUUAUCAUAAUGUGCAGUUAAAGCCUUUUGAUUUGCUGUGGAAUUACCAAGGUGAUAGUAUAGAGGAUUAUUGGGACUGUUUUGAAACUUUAAGAAUAGUGUGUAUCAAAGAAAAACGUUUUCCUUGGCUGGGUCUUCCUAACGAUCUCAACUAUGACACACUGUCUACAACGAAACUGAAAAUCUUACGUUUGGUAUCGCAAUUGUCCGAAAUGGUAUUCGCGGUAAUACCAACCGUUAAAACGUACGAUAUAAAACCGUUUAUUAUCCUCCACUACUUAGUAACAAUCAAACUGGUUAUAGAACGAAUGACACGGCUGUUUAAUAAAAGAAAAGAGACCAAACUGAGCGAUUUUCAAAUGCGGAGUAUCUUCAUCCAGAAUUUUUUCCUCAAAGAGAUGGUAGCGAAGAAUAUUUUGCCGAAGGCUAACGUUGGAAAAACGUUUAUUGACGGCAUGAUUGAAGUUAUGAGAAUUGCGAACGAAUUGGAGUAUCCAGAGCCUUUGGAUUGUGUGUGGUGUGGAGACAAGAUCUUAGGUCCAGUAUGUUUUCCUCCACAUGUAGAUACCCGUUGCUGCAUUUCGAUGAUGCCGAUGUUCGUGGUGGCUGAGUAUAAAUGCCCUUAUUGUAAAUCGCUGGCUCAUAAACAAAUAGAAGAAGAAUAUUCACCGAUAUAUUGCCCUUAUUGCGAUGUAGUAAUGGAAAGAAUUAUUAUGGCCGACGAACAACUGAAGGAAAAGUGUCGACUUUUCGAACUCGAAACGUCAAAGCAAAAACUGGAUGUUUGUUUUGCGGAUUGUUUGAAAGAGAAGAUCGAUGUGAACGAAAUCGAAGAAAAUGAUACAGAGUAUAUUAUUUUCAGGCGGACAGCGAUGAAGAGUCAUCUGACAGUAUGAUAGAACUUUAUAAAGAAUUUUCAAAAGCUGGGAUCAACGACAAAGACGACUAAUUGGAGAAAUCGUUUUGUUUUAAGGUUGAUAAUUAGUGAUAUGUAGAUUGGAGUAAGCUGGAAUUCCACAGUUUGAUUAAACAUAAAAAUAUAGAAAUAUCAAAACCUGGGAUGGAUACGUUAAAAUCCUCAUAUCAGAGGUCGAGAUUAACAAAACUACCGGAGUAAUAUUAAAAUGUUACGAAAAUCAUUGUUAAAAUUCCAGAAUACAAAUUUGUAUACAAAUAUAUACAAAGUAAGAUGUCAAUAAAUAAGCAAAAAGGAAUAUUACUUCAAAACAAUGGUUUUUAUAUUUAUUUUUGUAACUUGUGAUAAAUAUGUUUAG